CCAUCACCGCUAUCAUCAUCAGGCUCAUCGUUAUUCUCACCACCGUCACCACCGUCAUCAUCACCGGGCUCAUCGUCAUCUCCAUCAACGCUGUCA